GGUUACUUUAACAAUUACUAUAAUUGCCGAUAUUUUAUCAUAAGUAAAUGCGUUAUCGUCUUUUUAUUGCAUGGUGUUUUAUGUGAAAUUCAGUGCGCUAUGCUUUAUAUUAUAUUUUAUAAUCAUGAUCCAAGGCUUCGGCACAACGCGAGACCAAAUGAGCCCACGAGCAAAUACACUUAGUGAUGAUAAGGACGACAUACAGAAACAGUUAGACAACGAAGCAAAGGACAGACUUCAUUUUGCCACAGGGCCUAAAAUAUGGGUACUUCACUUUCCCACCCGUAUAUUGCAAAAGCAGCACAGCAACAAACGGAUACCUUGGAACUUUAUCAAGUCAAAACAAAAGGCUAAACGAGAUUAUAACGGUCAAAAAAAAUUUAAGGAAUGGCAGCGAAGUCAGGAUAUAUCAAGUUCAUACUCAGCCAACAGAAUAUCUGAAUCAUUUACCUUACUGCCAAUAAAAGAACCUCAAAGAAUGACUGUGCGGGUGCAACUGCCUGUUAACAGAUAUCAAACAAAAAAAACUAUGUUGAGAAAGGUGGACAGUAAUCAAAGAAAACGGCCACGCACCGCCCCGCCCCGACUCAUAUUACCUCGCCCCGCAACUGACCGCGACAUGAAUCUGGCGGAAUUCUGGCGUCCUCUCAGUAAAUUUCAAAAUAGUGUUUAA